CUUGGGCAGAAAGGGGCCAAGCAGCACCACUGCAGUUUUUACAGCGAGAGAGACACGCACAGCUAAUUACUUUCAUUUGUUUUUAUUACACACCUUCUACUCAAAGCAAUAACUGCACGGUCGAGUAAUGUCGACGAGACAGUUUAUUCGCACUGCAUGUUACUCGACAGAGUAGUGGGAGGAGAGAUAUAGUGAUGGUUUAUUUAAAAGUGCAUGAACGCCAGAGGAAAGCGUUCUUGAACAGUUUGAGAGAAGAAUCGAUCAGCUGACCUGUCCAAUUGUUAUUAUUAUUACUAACAGCGCCAAUAAGGCUCUUAUACUGGAAGCUGGAUUCGGAAAAAAACGCGAUUACUGUUGUUGUAAUAUUAAACCAAACUGCAUAUUUUAGACUUUAGACGACUGACUAAGUACCAUGCCGCUUUACAUUGAAGGUCUAAGUAAGGAGUUACCAAGCAGCACCAACGGGAUGGCUCAGUUUCAGGAAGUGUUGCGACAGCAGCUGGAGAGCUCUAUGCAUGCUGAGCUGGAGAAGCUCUUGAGUACGGUCAAAGGCACAGAUGCCAAGGUGUCUAAGAAGGACUUUGAAGGCUUUAGGAAGUUAUUCCACCGAUUUCUCCAGGUUAAGGGACCUUCAAUAGAGUGGGCAAAAAUCAACAGGCCCCCUGAGGACUCUAUCCAGCCAUAUGAUAAAAUCAAGACAAAAGGUAUCCCGGGCAACAUAGCAGAUAGUCUUAACAAGCUGGUGGUGGUGAAGCUGAAUGGAGGUCUGGGAACCAGCAUGGGCUGCAAAGGGCCCAAAAGCCUCAUUAGUGUUCGUAACGAAAACACUUUCCUGGAUCUAACUGUUCAACAGAUUGAGCACUUGAAUAAAACAUAUAAUGCUGAUGUUCCACUGGUGCUUAUGAACUCUUUCAACACGGACGAAGACACCAAGAAGAUCCUCCAGAAAUACACACACCACAGAGUCAAGAUACACACUUUCAACCAGAGCAGGUAUCCACGGAUAAAUAAGGAGUCAUUGUUGCCGGUUGCUAAGGACAUGGGUAUGGCAGGAGAGAAUGCAGAUGUGUGGUAUCCUCCUGGUCACGGUGACAUUUAUGCCAGCUUUUUUAACUCUGGUGUAUUGGAGCAGCUCAUUGCUGAAGGGAAGGAGUACAUUUUUGUCUCCAACAUUGAUAACCUGGGCGCCACCGUAGACCUAUACAUACUGAAUCACCUGGUGAGCCAACCCAAUGGCAAACGCUGUGAGUUCAUCAUGGAGGUCACAGACAAGACCAGAGCAGAUGUGAAGGGAGGUACACUCAUUCAGUACGACGGUAAGCUUCGAUUACUGGAGAUCGCACAGGUUCCGAAGGCUCAUGUUGAUGAAUUCAAAUCGGUCACCAAGUUUAAGAUCUUCAACACCAACAACAUAUGGGUCUCCCUGUCUGCUAUAAAAAGACUACAGGAACAAAACGCCAUGGACAUGGAGAUCAUAGUCAACCCUAAGACUCUAGAUGGGGGUCUGAAUGUAAUUCAGCUGGAGACUGCAGUGGGCGCUGCCAUCAAGUGCUUUGAUAAUGCUCUGGGCAUCAGCGUGCCCCGCAGCCGGUUUCUGCCUGUCAAAACCACAUCUGACCUCCUAUUGGUCAUGUCCAACCUGUACAGCCUGGAGGCGGGCUCUCUGACCAUGAGCGAGAAGCGCGAGUUUCCCACUACUCCUCACGUCAAACUGGGCAGCUCCUUCACCAAGGUUCAAGAAUAUCUCACACGAUUCGAGAGCAUUCCAGACAUGCUGGAGCUGGAUCACUUGACGGUGUCUGGUGAUGUCACCUUCGGAAAGCAUGUCUCUCUGAAGGGAACUGUCAUCAUCAUAGCUAACCACGGUGACAGAAUCGACAUUCCGGCUGGCUCCUUGUUGGAAAAUAAAAUUGUGUCCGGAAACCUUCGGAUCCUGGACCACUGAUGCUUCUGUCAUGUGAGCUGAAUGCAACAUUACAUGGCCUAUCCACACCUGCCACUCUCAGAGCCUCCAUUUGUGGAGCUGAUUGCAGCACACAGUGCCACAGAUACCAGACAAAACUUCCACACCAUUCUAGAGACAUUUAUUUUUGUAGUAGUCUGGGUCUUUUGUGGGUUUCUGUCUUUUGGUGGUCCUCAUAUUGUCUGUAUCAAAAAUUGUACCUUAAUGUAUGUAUUCACAUAAUUCUGUUUUGUUUUAUUGUGUUUAUGGCAUAAAGAAUUGACCCAUCUGGGUGAGCCUCUUCUACUUGCUCAAAAAUGUUAAAGAAAGAGUGCAUACAAGAGUGGUAAAGCAAUAAGUGUUCUCGGACAGUGAAGGUUGAUGGUUACAUCUUUAUAUUUUAGAUCCUGAAUGUUCUGUGGAACUAAAUAAAGUGCAAUAUGAAACAGAACAGCUGUUUAGCUUGAUUUCACAG